AUGAUCCAAUUGAUGCAUUCAAAAAUGUCUUUAUUCUACUGGAUAAAAUGCAUAUGGGAUUUGGCUAAUUUUACAAUUAAACAAAUGAGACCAUAUAUUCGUCAACAGGCUGUUACUUAUGAACGAACAAAAUUUGCUACAUUUUUAGAAGCUCAACAAAAACUUGGUAUUGAUGGAUUAGCUCAUACACGUGAUUGGAUUAAACAAGCACAUGAUAAUCUUCUUCAUGUAUCACAUCAACCAAUUAAUCAUGAGUGCCCCAAUGCAUCCAAUAAUAUCAGCACUAAUAAUAAGAACACUCCAGUGGAUCUUAAAAACACUUCAGAUAGUUGUUCUACCACAAGUAAUGAUACUAUCCCAUUGACACCGAAUAAUAUACUACGUGAAGCUUACUUAAGGUUACUGACAUGGCCACGUGAUCGUGAUUGGCCUGAGACAAUGCUCAUGGAUCAAUAUCGUCUUAUAGAUUUAGGCAAUCAAUUAACCAUUAUUGUCAAUUUAACAUCUCUUGUUCUGGUUGUAUGUAAUUAUAUAGCAUCGAAUGUAUCAACAUUCACUACAACUGGAUUAUCUUCAUUAACUGCAACAAAACCUAUUUUGUCAAUUCCACUUGAAACUAGUUUACCACAUGAUGCAAUGAUACAAUUGAAAAAUCUAUUUGUCAAGAUGUUGCACCAAUAUUACAUGGAAUCUCUUUAA